GAGAGCCACACCUGCUUACGGACAAAUCUGCACCUGAACUUCCUCGUCUGUCAAGCUCAGAAAAACAUUUGCCAUUUUCUCCGGGCAAGUUUUCUUUCAGUUGGCAAUAUGUCUCAUGCUCUCGGCUUCCUAAUUCUCCAGUUUGCAUUUUCAAGAGCAGAUGCUCUCUAUGGUCACGUUUUGAUGCGUUGCCAAUUUAGUUCCCAUGAUGGUCACGACACUGUGUUACUGGAGCAGUACUACCUCAACAAGAUGCUAAUGUUCCAGUACAACAGCACUUUGGGAAAACUGAUCGGCUACACAAAGGAAGCAAUAGAAUAUGCAGAUUUCCUCAAUGGAAUACCAAGUUUUGUGAAUAAAGAGAAAUGGAAAGCAGACAUUUGCAAAAGAAACGUCCCACUGGUUUAUAAUAGCCUUCUGACCCCAGUCGAGCCCUCCGUCAGGCUGAGGUCAGUUGAGGCAGUGGGCAGCAAACAUCCAGGGAUGCUCGUCUGCAGUGUGUACGACUUUUAUCCCAAACAAAUUUGGGUGACUUGGCUGAGGAACGGAAAGAAGGUGACAUCUGAUGUGACGUCCACUGAUGAACUGCCCAAUGGGAAUUGGCUCUACCAGAUGCACUCCUAUCUGGAGUUUACACCCAGACCAGGAGAGAAAAUCACCUGUAUGGUGGAGCACGCCAGCCUCAUGGAGCCCAAACUUUAUGACUGGGAGCCCAUGCCUGAAUCCAGGAUGAAUAAAAUCGCUGUUGGGACGGCAGGGCUGCUGUUGUGUCUGGUCUUUGUAGUUGCUGGGCGGAUUUACUACAAGAUAAAAUCUACUGUGCGGGUUUUGGUGCCAACCACUGAGGGUUUAUGUCCAGAGCACACACUUUAAAUAGGAAAAGCCUGUUGGGAAUCAUUCAGAAUACUAUACUGACCAAAUCCAAUAGAUCAAUCGUUUAUAUGUGCCAAUUUCUUUCAAUAAAUGACUCAUUCUUUUCUUUUUCUGCAACAUAAAUGUUUUAAACUAUAUAUGUUCAUCAUAUGGCUACAAUAGAUGAGUCUAACAGCUCAAAGUAGUGUAGAACGAUAAAUACCAGAUCUCAGUAACAGCUUAGAGCACUGUGGUUUCCUUUUGUAGGCUACUUCUCUACAAUGUUGUGGCCUAAGUUGAUAUUUGUUCUUCUCUAUUAAACUUUUUUCAAUAAGACCUCAGAAGCGUAUCUUUGACUUUCCAGCCAUAGUUCUUUGCCUCUGUCUCACUCCUUGUCAGGAUGAUGACAGCAGGCUCAUAGGAAGAUGCUGUAGCUCAGGCAUCAGACUAGCAGUUAUUGGUGAGAUCAUUAGAUUUCAGAUUUAGGCCAGUUACAGGGUACCCCCAGGAUUCUCAAAGUUAAAUUUAAGACUUUUUAAGACCUAUUUAAUACCAACUUCAUUGCCAUUUAAUGGAAAAUCUGUGUUAAUUUUAAGCCCGAGAAAAUUAUUCACGAAGUUACAUGAAUUUAAUAAUUAUAUAUAUAUAUAUAUAUAUAUAAAUAUAAA